AACAGCCCGAACCCUUGUACCGGUUGCGGGACGGGGAGGUUGGGCCCAGCCGGGAUUAUUGGGACGACUUCUACGAGCACGAGUCUGAGAAAGCCAACCACGAGUAUUACGUGGGCUUCAGUUUGAACGGACCCAACGGGGAUUUUGUGUUCCCGGAAGCGGGGAAUAUUCGGGAGGAGCAGCUGAAAAUAAAAGCCGGAACAGCAAGUGCAUCAACUUCAUCUGUGGACACAAAUAACCCACUGGGCCUCUACCCGGAUUCAGGCACCGGAGCACCCUACGACAGUGAGACCGCUAAACGAGAAGGGGAGGUUUUGUCAAACCCGAAAGAGAUUUUGAACAUUCCAGUGAAGAAGUUCUCCGUGCCCUUCGCCGGUACACCUCUGUCGCUCUCGCGUGACGGCGGGCAAAUCACUUUGAAUGGGUUGGAUUGGAACGAGGACCUGGUUGAUCUGUCGCAGCAGGGGGUUUUUCAACUUUUCCUCAUCUUCGAAUUCUCCAUGGUCUCCAACAACUUGCAGAACGAAGAGCACCCUUGUUUCUACCUGAACAGGUUGGAAGCAAAGUGCAACCGGCCGUUUAUGUACGACGAGGCCUUGCUCCCGACAGUCUCCAUCCCACUCACCAUGCGGGCGGUUUUAGACGGGGCCUCGUACCAGUUUGCUUUACCGUUCAAUGUCACCUUCGCGGACGUGAACUUGGUCACGAGCGUGUUCCCCAAGUACAUCCCGAUGGUGCGGGACUCCGCCGAGGCCUGGCAGUCCUCGUAUCCGGUUUCCGACCUGAGUACGCAGCAAACGCAG